AUGCUGCACCUGGUCCUCGCUGCGCUCCUGUUGGCCGAGUCCUCUACGAACGCCGACGCCGGUCCUGCACCGGGAGCACCUAAAGACGGAGUACGUGUACUCCGGUUACAGACGGAGUACGUGUACUCCGGUUACGAGGACGACGUCAGUUACUGUUACUCGGUACAGACGGGUACGUGUUAUUCCGGUCACAGACAGGUGUACGCCGGUACGGACGGAGUCCGUGUACUCGGUACAGACGGAUAUCCGGUACAGACGGAGUACGUGUACUCCGGUUACGUGUACUCCGGUUACGGACGGAGUACGUGUACUCAGACGUUCAACCAAGCUGAUGUCCAACAACGAUGCCGUCAUGGAGGGAGACAUGGUGUUGACGGUGAUGACCGGAACGCAGGGGACAGCAUCUGGCCAACGGCAGACAUCCCGUACGAAAUCCACCCAGACCUAGCCGGUCGGACCCACGACAUCCUCGCUGCCCUAGCGAUGCUGUCCAAUCCCACCUGUCUGUCCUUCCACAAGCGAACCUCUGAGUCCAACUACCUGCUCUUCGAAGUCAGCGCAGGUUGUGCGUCAUACGUGGGCUUCAUCGGCGGAGUCCAAUCGGUGUUCAUCGGCCCAGCAUGCACCGUGGGAAACAUCGCCCAUGAGCUCCUUCAUGCUCUGGGCUUCUACCACGAACACACCCGGGUGGACCGCGACAAGUACAUCAUCAUUUCACCUAAUAACGUUAUGCAAGGGAUGCAGAAAAACUUCAAUAUGCAACGAGGAAAAACCUUUGAACUGGGUUACGACGUUGGCUCAAUCAUGCACUACGGAAGGUAA